AUGAGGAUAUUAGAUGAAUCGUUGAGAUGGCUCAUAGCAAAUAAAAAGAUGAAACAGGCAAAGGUUUUAGUCAAAAAGGUAGCACGAUUUAACAAAGUGAAAUUGGAAAAGGUUUUACCUUUAUUGGAAGGUGACGCAGAAACAAGACUACUUCAGGCGCCUGAGUUUACAAAUUCUGUUGUCUACUAUGGCUUGACUUUACAGUCAGUGCAGCUAUCAGGAGAUCGAUACCUUAAUUUCUUUAUCAGUGUUGGUGUAGAACUUCCUGCCAUGAUUACUUUUAUAUUCCUUGUUAAAAGGUUAGGGAGGAGGAAAAUUUCAGUACUUGCUCAUAGCAUAGCUGGUAUUUCUCUCAUAAUAUCAGUCAUUUUGACAACCUUAAAAGCGAGUAGCAGCAGUUUGGACACAAUGUCUAUUGUAUUUAGUUUUAUUGGAAAAUAUGGAAUAACACUUUCAUUCAGUAACAUAUUUCUAUGGGCUCCAGAACUUUUCCCUACAAACUUAAGGAAUACAGGUAUUGGUAUUGGAGCCCUUUUUGCUCGUGUCGGUGGAAUGUUUGCUCCGUAUUCAUCACUUCUGGCAAGACAUAUAGAAUGGGGACCAGGAGUUAUAUUCGGCGCCUGUUGUGGUGUUGUUACGGUGUUGCAGUUACUGUUACCUGAAACAAGUGGGAGAGACCUACCUCAGACAGUUGAGGAACUCAUUGAAUGGGACAAAAAGAAGGAAACAACUAAAUGAUUAAAGAUGUAUUAGUUCUUAUUGUUUUCUCAUUUGCAAUAUACUGUAUAAAAUAUUCCAUAAUUUUACUUGAUUCUUAAUAAAGACGGUUCUGAAAUCUCUUUAUUUUUUAUGAUAAAUUUUUCAACAUUAACUGGUUAUUCAAGAUUAAAAUUUAGUAUUAAAAUAGACCAUGUGUCUACUAUAAAUGACACAAUAGUUAUUUGAAAUCAAGAUAUAGCCUUAUGCAUAACUUUGCUCUGUUCCUAUUCCCAUUUGCUUGAAAAAAUAUUUUCUCAAUAUGUCACAUUGGAUUUAGCAUAUUACCAAAGAUUACAAAUUACUGCUGUUGACCACAAGA